AUAAGUCAGAAUUCUCCCACCCAGGCCAAAUGCUUUGCACUACCACUACCUACGGUCUGUACCGUAGCCCUAACCUGCCUGCCCAGUAGAAGUAGACUGAAGAGGCUAGGGUUGAGCAGGUUGCUUCCAGGAACGGCGCUCAGAAUAGAAGAGGAACAUACUUAGGAGCACGCCCCUUCAGCACUUCGCUCAUUGUGACAAGAGAAAUUGCUACUGAAGGAAUUGCAGGGUUCAAGAAAGCGCACGCUGAUUGACAUUAUUUGCUACGCUUUAUUUGUCAAGCUGGGAGGGAACCACUGGUCAGGCAUGGGGAAUCAGGAAAAGCUCUUGGAUCAGAUUUUCCAGCUGCGAUAUACUGCAAAGACGCUGGUGCGCCAGGCGAAAAAAUGCGAGAAGGAGGAGAAGUCAGAGAAGCUGAAAGUAAAGAAAGCCAUUGAGAAGGGGAAUAUGGAUGGCGCCCGGAUUUAUGCUCAGAACGCCAUUCGGAAAAAGAACGAGCAGUUGAAUUACUUGCGGUUGGGGUCUAGGUUAGACGGGGUUGUGGCCCGGUUGGACACUCAGGCCAAGAUGAACGUGAUCAACAAGUCGAUGGCCGGGAUUGUCAAGUCGUUGGACAGGGCACUGGCCAGCAACAACAUGGAGCAGAUCUCGCAGACGAUGGACACAUUUGAGAAGCAGCUGAUUGACCUGGACGUGCAGUCCGCCACCGUGGAGGGGGUCAUGCAGGGCACAACAAUGAUGUCAACACCAGAGGACGACGUCAACAACUUGAUGCAACAAGUUGCGGAUGACUAUGGGCUGGAGGUUUCUGUGGGGCUCCCGCAAGCAGCCACGGGGCAGGUGGCAGGUGUCAAACAGCAAGAAACAGAAGCAGACGAUCUCAGUAAGAGAUUGGCUGAACUGAAAAGCCGUGGGUAAGACGUGGAUUCGGCUCGUACAUAGUUCUAGAUUCGGAUCCACGUAUCUGGGCGGUAAGGCCUGUGUACGUCUAGGUUGUGACAUUUAGCGAAGAGAAUUUCAUGUGGAUCUUAAAACUUGACCGUCAAUCUGUGGGGUCGAAAAGUCCUAAGACUUAUGUACAAUAUGCAAAAAUAUCGAAAGCUCCAGAGUUAAAGGCAAAGAAGUUUGUUAAGAGGAUAUCGUCCUUAUAAGAUCAUGAAGUUGGGUUGAUUUGUGUCUGGCGCAGGCCCACGGAAAGCUCAGUUGACUGUUGGAUCAAACUUAAGCUAUCUCAUGCCUCACUUGUGUUUUAAGAUGACACGCGAAUUCGGGCGAUUCGACAUGCAGCCUCGGAUCAGAUUAA